AUGCAUAGCUCACUCGGCAUCUACAUUUACCUCCGAGCUGUGCUGAUUAGUAGAUUAGCAGGUCACGAUACUCGCGGACCAGCGGCGCCGGAAUGGAAGAAGCCCAGGGGAUUAAGAGGACGAAACCGAGCCUAUGAUUGGGUGGAAUCGCCAGAAUCCGACCAUUCCAUCACUGUGAUUGGCUCCAAGGUGCCGUCGGCUGGGGCUACCGAGAAAGGCGUUCGGGGCCCUGAUUUGUGUCCGUUCGGUAUUUGA